GUUUUUAAUUACUUUUAUAUUUAUCGCAGCAGCAAAACAGCCUUAAUUACAAACCUUUCAAAAUAAAAAUGUGCUGUGUUGUGAAUUUCUGUGGCAAUCUUGGAUUUUAGGAUAGUUUAAGCCUCUGAGGGGAUAUUUUUUGGAGAUCCGGAGCGCGAGCUGCGAGUGUGAGCCCAUUACUGCAGUCAUGAGGUAAACUGCAAAGAACCGAGUCAAAAGACUCUUCGUCGACUUUCGAUUCUUAAACGAAUUGAAUCAGAGAAUCGACUCUUCUAAGAAUUGACUCCUUUCUCCUGGUCGUAGUAAGCAGUGGAAGAGCAGAACCAUGAUAGAAUUAAUGUCAAGUUUGCCACAAAACUGUAGUUAACGUUACCUUGCUCUCGAGUUUUUAACCAUCUAUCUUUCCCUCGUUUCGUUUCUACACCGUCCCCAAACUUUUUCCCUCAUCUGGGAGAAGACCACGCUGAACAUCUACCUCAAAAGCUAUGUGGUUUGCCACCCUCCUGUCACUGGCCUGGGUGGUGCUGAUGUUUCCUUCCCUUGCCCAAUCUGGGAAAUGCCCUCGGGUCUGCAGCUGUGAUGCUAAAACUCUGACUGUAGCGUGCACAGGGAAGAACCUCACCAGUGUCCCACCCACCAUCAACGAGAUCACGGUGAAGUUGGACCUGAAGAGGAAUAACCUGGGCGAGCUGGAGAGGGGAACGUUCUCACACACGCUAUACCUCACACACCUGGGUCUGCAGGGCUGCAGAAUACACACUGUACGGGAGGGGGCCUUCAGGGGGCUCACACGGCUGGUUCAGCUCGACCUCGCCUACAACAACAUUGAGAUCCUUCACCAGGAGUCAUUUGAUGGGCUGACAUCGCUGAAGCAGUUACUGUUGGAUAGGAAUCGUAUUGAAGACAUUAGACCUGGGGCUUUUUCUCAGCUGGGUUCACUGAACCUGCUGUCUCUCCCUCAUAACCAGCUCACUUACAUCCCCAACAUGGCCUUCCAAGGCCUCUUGACUCUGCAGACGUUGCGUCUAAAUCAUAACUCCCUGAAUCAUCUGGAAACUGAAGCGUUUGCCAGCCUCCUGUCUCUCACACACCUCAGCCUCAGUCACAAUGAGCUGCAGUUCUUCCCCACCGCCACUAUGACCAGGCUGGUGGCUCUGACUCACCUGGAUCUGGGUUUUAACCCCAUGACGUUUUUGGGUGAGAAGAGUGUGUCGAUGCCCAGACUCACACACCUGUCUGCGGCGCACAUGGCCCUGCAGGACGUGUCUGCGGCUGCGCUGGCUCUCUCUCCCCUCCUCUCUCGCCUGGACCUUAGUCAUAAUCAGCUUCACUAUCUCCAGCCACUCACAGGACCCGUCCAGCUACAGAGCAUCAACCUCGCCGCGAAUCCGGUGUGGUGUACAUGUGUGCUGCUGGAACUGCGAGCCUGGGCACGGAAAGGUGGGGUCAGACUGAUGGGAGACUGCGCCGGACCACCACACCUUUCAGAAGAGCCACUAGAGGCCGUGCUGGAGAAGGACCUGCGCUGCAGGAGACAGAAUGGAGGGAUAAAGGAGGAGGUGGAGGAGGAAGAGCGACUAGUGGUUGUGACCCAGGCUGAGCCAAAGAAAACGGAAAACUGUCCUGAGAACUGCCUUUGUGAGCCUGAGGCUCAGCAUGUGUCGUGUGAAAAUCGAGGCCACACCAAAGUCCCCCGCGUUUUCCCAAACAACACCCACUUGUUGGACCUCCGUGGCAACCACUUCCACUAUCUCCCCGGCAACAGUUUCCGUGGUGUCCCCGAGGUGGUAUCCCUGCACCUGGAUGGCUGUAAGAUCCACGAGGUUGAGGCUGGAGCUUUCCGAGGUUUAAAGGGGCUGAUGUACCUUUACCUGUCCAACAACCAGCUUUCUUCUCUGGACCUGGACGCCUUCGCUGGAGCCCUGCAGCUCAUGUACCUCCACCUGGACGGAAACAGACUCACCCACUUCCCAUCCGCAGCCACACUAUCACACACCCCAAACCUGCUGGAGCUGCACCUGGAGAGAAACCUCAUCUCUAAGCUGGAGCCUGCAGGUCUUCUCCAGCCGGUCCCAAUGCUCAGAGGACUCUACCUGACCAACAACAACAUCUCCACUGUCGCAGCAAAUGCUUUAGACCCCGCCCCAAACCUCGAGAUCCUACAUCUGGGAGACAAUCAGCUAACAGAUGUGCAGAGUGAUGCACUAGGCCACGUCCCACUGUUAGAAGAGCUCCGGCUCUCAGGGAAUCCGAUUCACUGGAUCAGGCCAAAGAUGUUUCAGGUAGUGGGAGGAAGUCUGAAGCACCUGUACCUGGAUCGACUGGGCCUAAAGAAGAUGGAUCAUGACGCUCUGGCUGGUUUGGGUUCAACUCUACUGUCUCUUUCUUUGGAGGACAAUCAGCUGGAGCAUCUGCCUGAUCUUUUUCAUCUGACUGGACUACAGCACCUCAAACUAGGCAACAACCCUCUGAUAUGUGACUGCAGUCUUCUACCCUUCCGCAGAUGGAUGGAGCAGGCCAGUGUGAACGUGUCUGCAGUGUGUGUUUACCCUGCUGAGCUCCACGGUCAGAGUGUACAAGAGGUGGACAUCAUUAAGAACUGUGGUGCUGAGAACCUUCACAUCACCACCAACUCCACCAGCCAGCCGAAGCCCUUAAAGUCCUCCAAACCCAAACUCAAAUCCACACUGAUUAGUGAAGCCUUGGCCGAACAUUCCAGCACCAAACCCAGGAGUAAAUCUAAACCCACCAAGACCAAGCCAGCCAGGAAACCAUUAACAGAUGAACCCAAACCAAAUCAGAAAUCAGCUCAGAAAUCUGCACAGAGAAGAAAGAACAAGAAGAACAAAAAGAAGAAAGUGUGAUAAAAUAAUAAUGUAUUAUUUUAUCUAGGGAAUGCAUACGUAUAGAAUUAUGUAAGGUAUGAAAUAGUAAGCAAUACAUUUGUAUCACUUGUGUAAG